GCAGGCGAAGAUUUGAAUCGUUCAACAGGAUGCAGUUUCGGAAGCUUUUGAAUAAAUUGAUCGACGAGACGUUACCUGAAUGGAGAGACAAGUUUCUGUGUUAUAAGGAUCUGAAGAAGCAACUGAAGCGCGUUUACUCUAGAGAUGGUCGCGGUAAUAAGAGGAUAAAAUUGAGCAACGGCGAUGAAACUGAUUCGAUCGCGACGGAGAAAGAAGUUGCUGAUUUCGUGAAAUUGUGCCAAGAACAGAUCGAUAAGUUCAAUGAUUUCGUUCUCGAAAAACAAGAGUGGUAUCUUAUCAAAAUCGAGGUGCUGGAAGGUAACUUGAUUGCGACCAAGGAUUCAAACGAAGAGUUGUGGAAAAUUGGUAGAACCCUAGCAGAUUUACAUGGAGAGAUAGUUCUCUUGUUAAAUUACAGCUGGCUUAAUUACACAGGAUUGGUGAAGAUUCUGAAGAAACACGACAGACUAAGUGGAGCUCUGGUUCGAGUGCCUUUCAUCCAGAAAGUUAUGAAGGAGCCAUUUUAUGAACCUGAUGUACUAAACAACCUCGCGAAGAAAUGUGACACGAUGCUUGAACAACUUUUCUCCAUGAAUGAACCACGGACGUCCGCAUCUGCAACAAGCAAGAAAGAAGAAGAAACAAUUCCUGAAUCAUCAUCUGCAGAACCCAAAGAGAAGUCUUCUCCUACAGUUCCUGAAGAACUCGUUGACAUUAAACACAUGGAGAACGACUACAUGAAACUCACUCUUUCGGCACUUAAUGUUCUCCAGGAGCUUCGAAGCGGAAGCUCAACCGCAUCCAGUUUUUCACUACCCGUGAUGCAACAAAGCAUGGAGAGGAAGGAGGUAUGGAAAGAAUCUCUUGCUGUAGAAGUCGCCAAGUAA